AGCAGCUUGUCAAGCACGCUUUCGGCCGUGCCACCCGCCCCUGUAAAGUUAGGUUCCCAUGAAGUUGCGACCAUUGGCGAUAUUGCAUAACAGUGUUAAUCCUCUGGACAAACAGAAGCAAAUCCGUGUUAUUUCAAUUCAGUAUCGAAUAUAAAUGGUACAUCGAGACCAAUCUCCUGACAGCUACGAGACACAGUUUAGUCGUCCACCCGCAGGUGUUUUGGAUUCGGAUAUCACAUUGUUGCACCCUCCAUUCGUCGCUCCAUAAAAACCAACCCUCUGUAUAUUACAGCUGAUUACAUAUUACGUAAUAAUCCGCGAUACAAUCUGUACGUCAUUUUGUACGCGUGUGUUUGUGUGCGCGUGUUGCGAGUGUGUGCUUCUACAUUCGUACUUGCAGAUUUUUACUUGGCAGAAUUUAACGUUAACUUCGGUUUUACACCAUGGAAAAAUUAUUAAUUCAUCUUGUAAUUGAAAUUUCUUAGAAAUUUCGGGGAAUAGUAAUAUUUACCGAGGUGGUAAAUAAAAUUCCAGCAGCGAUGCAUCUGGCACGGUGAUAAUAUCACAUUUACCGUAGGACAGAAAUUAUUGACCAGUUAUCGAAUAAUAAUAACAACUACAAAAAUAAUAAUAAUAAUAAUAACAUUGAAAAAAGGUAUCGAACAAAUUGGGAUUCUCGGAUGUUGGGUGUUAAAAUAAAGAAAAAUCGUAAUCUCUUGGGCUCGACGGUUCAAAUCGAGUAUAUAACAGAAAUACAUUUUUCAUACUUAAUCAUUAUUCCGUACGAUGGCUAGUGGGAAUCAACAGCACAGGACGUCUUUGCCAGCUCCUGGACGCUCCGAGGUGAACCUUUGCUCGGUAUUGACACUGGGCAAAGAUCUCAGCAAAAUUACAAUGCCUGUCGUUUUCAACGAACCUUUGUCCUUCCUCCAGCGAGUUGCUGAGUACAUGGAAUAUGCAAAGCUACUCAAGCAAGCUGCCAUGGAAGAGAAUCCUCUUGUUAGACUACAGUACGUCUCGGCAUUUGCAGUAAGCGCAUUAGCAUCGAACUGGGAACGCCUGGGAAAACCAUUUAAUCCGUUGCUUGGCGAAACCUACGAACUUCAACGAGAAGAUUUUAGAAUAAUAUGCGAGCAGGUGUCACAUCAUCCACCAGUAUCGGCCUUUCACGCCGACAGUGAGGACUUCAUAUUCCACGGUAGCAUACAUCCGAAGCUAAAGUUCUUCUGCAAAUCAGUUGAAAUUCAUCCGAAGGGUAUGGUGACAGUCGAGCUGCCAAAAUGGAAGGAGGCUUACACAUGGCAGAAUGUCAAUUGCAUAUUACACAAUGUACUUGUCGGCCAAUUCUGGAUGGAACAAUUGGGUGCACUAGAAAUCAGGCAAUACGGAGAUGCUAACUUGAAGUCUACAUUGUCGUUCAAAAGCGCUGGUCGGAAUGGAAAAGACUUGCAUAAAGUAGAAGGCUUCAUAAUGGAUCAGGAUAAAAAAAAAUUAGUGUUUCUCUACGGUAAGUGGACUGAAAACCUACGAGUGUGCGAACCAAUAUUGUAUGAAGAAACAUUGGAGAGGAUUAAACGAGAGAACAAAAGUCCUCAAGGUAGCCCAGGACACAAGAAAGUCCUGGCUAAAUUACAUAGUUUCAAAGUGGGCGCUUUCAAACCUUCUCAUCAGGACGCAAUCGAUGAAUCAACGGGAACAGAAGGGGAUGAUAGCCCAACUAUUGACGAGAUUCCAGGAUCAACUACCCUUUGGAAAGUUGCUCCAAGGCCGCAAAAUAGUGCCGAAUUCUACCAAUUCACAACGUUUGCAAUGUCACUUAACGAGAUAGAACCUGGGAUGGGAAAAAUGUUGUGCCCCACUGACUCCAGGCUUCGACCUGACAUUAGAAAACUCGAAAUGGGAGAUCAAGAUGGUGCAGCUGCCGAAAAAAUAAGAUUGGAAGAAAAGCAGAGAAGGUCUCGAAAAACAAGGAAACAAAACAGCGGUUCCGAAUGGGCACCAAGGUGGUUCACUACUGGCAUCAAUCCAUAUUCGGAACAAGUGGAUUGGCUGUACCAAGGCGAAUACUGGAAUCGAAAUUAUUCAGACAUCGAAGAUAUAUUUUAGGUCAGUUUGUAUAACGUGUAAUUGAUGUAAUCGUGACGAUUUGUAGUAAGUAUGUAACUCAUGUCGCUGGAUAUUAGGAAGCGCGAACCUAUAGGAUUGUACUCGGUGUAUAAUGAAAAAAAUAAUAUUGCGCAAGCUGAUAUCACAAAAAAAAAGAGAAAGGAAUGGCUACUGACCAAAUAACUUAUCGUCUGUAAAGAGGAAGAAUAUCAGAUGAAGCUAAUUUAUUGAUAUCUUGCCAUGCUAUCCGCCGGAGUCAACUUCCUUCGAAGUUCAAAUGUCGAUUGGUUUGUAGUGGCAAAAUAGUCAUUAAACAAAAAAAAAAAAAAAAA